AUGUUCUGCGGCGGCAGCGCGACACCAGAGCUGGACGUCGGAGACGCUUCUGUUCGAUCCCAGGUAGUUCAGGCCUGCAGCGCCUUCUCAACCACAGGAAUAGCAAAUCUACCGAAGGACUUAUAUGCAAACAAAUUCAAUUUACACCUCUCAUUCUGCCUAGAGGGCUUUAACCAGAAGGCCGUUUCUUCCGUGCCAAUGCGCACUCGACUGUCAAACUCCAACUGUCCCCCAGUGGACUGCUGUGGUCACUGUCUCGCUGAUACAGCCCAACGAAAACAACAGCUAACAGUCAGUAAGGCAGAGGAAAAGCAAGCUUUCGAGAAGAUCAGGAAGGCUAUUGUGCUUUAUUUCAACGGCUUUUACUUGGGGCUGUCUCGGGAUGCUCGGCUUCCUGUAUUUUACAUGCUCCAAGCUGACUGUACUUCACUGGUGGAUCUGGUCAAAAGCUCCCGCUCGGAAGGUGAUGAGUCAAAUGUUAGUUUGCUAAAUAUAGUGAAGGGCUCCUUGGAGUAUGCAGACUUGAAGAAGUUUCUGCACAGGACUCGUCAGAAGUAUGGUCAACUUGGGCCGUUGCUCAAGCCUGUCACAGUUAAACACAACGAAAUAAGAUACAACUUCAAAAUAAUGUUCGACUCCCACGGAUAUGGUGGAGUGAAGCACGUAGCACCUGAAGAGUGGGGCUCUACCGUGCGAGUUCGUUCGUUCCACGUGGAAUUCCCCGAGGACGAGGAUACCCCGGCAACACACACGUUGUCUUUGCGGAGGGAUUUCGUCAGAAGAGAUGGGGGGCUUAACCUCGAGCACCGUUUCCGGCGGUCGGGAGGAUAUGUCGAAUUUCUUAUUAAUGAUAGAUUUCACGCAAUCCUCGCCCUUCGAUGGCUUCCGCUGGUUGCACUCGUUUUCAUCACGGUGGUCAUCUGCGCUGCAAUUCUCUCGCUGAUUCUUUUCAUUGCAACGGAAGCAAGGGCAGAUGAAUGCCUCGGGAGCUCGAGUUCAAACUGGGACUACUUCUUCUUCGUCGUCGAAACGAUGUUCGCCAUUGGUUAUGGGAGCCCGAGCGAGAAGAAAAUGGGCUCUAGCAUUUACACAGAAGCUUGUCGUUUCUACUGGGUGCAUCGCCGUGGAGGUCUUUCAAUUCGCCAAUUUUCCAUGUUCCACACAGACACUCCUUUGGAAUUUAUGGCACUGCCGAUUACAGUUACUGUGGACCAGAGUGAUAUAGGGAGUCCUUUACGAGAUAUCACAGAGGCGGACUUGCGUAACCAUGGUGAAUGCUAUGAACUUCUUGCAUUGCUUUCUUUCACAGACAACAGGACUUCCAGGACAGUUGAAGUUUGCAGAAGCUGGCGACUGAAUGCUGCUGUAUGGGAUGAAUCCUUUGUGCCUAUUGUAAGGCAGUCUGGACCGGACUCAUCGCGGGCCUUUGAAAUCGACGUUGACAACUUAAGCACCACGAGAGUAGGCGUUGCUCACAAGCACACAGGCUAA